AUGUUUGUCAAGACGUUUGGUCUGCUAUCCCUGAUGGAUGACACCUACGAUGUCCACGUGACCCUGGAGGAAUGUUGUAAACUCAAUGAAGCUAUACAAAGAUGGGAUCGAAGUGCGGCAUCUAUUCUACCUGAAUAUCUGCAUACGUUUUACAUCAAAUUGCUGGAUAACAUCAAAGAGUUUGAGGACACUUUGGGACCACACGAGAAGUACCGUCUAUCUUACGCCGAGGAAGCGAUCAAGUCAUUGUCUGAAUAUUACCUCCAUGAGGCCAAAUGGUCCAACGAAAAGUAUGCCCCCAGCUUCAAGGAGCACCUAGAGGUGUCACACAUGUCGUUGGGAUUCCCCACACUGGCCAUAGUGAUGCUCAUGGGUGUGGGCAACACAGCAACCAAGAAGGCGUUCGACUGGGCAGUCAAUGUCCCUAACAUUGUCCGCGCAAGCGGGCAGAUCGCUCGCUUUCUCAAUGACAUCCCUUCUUACAAGAUGGGGAAGACCAACAACAAGGAUGUGGCCAGCUCCGUGGAGUGCUACAUGAAGGAGCACCUCGUUGCGGGGGAGGAGGCUGUGGCAGUGAUCUCAGCGUUGGCUGAGGACACGUGGAGGAUGAUGAACCAGGCUUGUAUGGAGAUAGAACCAGCACUAUUGCCAGCGGCACAACUUGUGGUAAACUUGACAAAGAUGCUAGAAGUCAUAUACCUCGGUGGUAGGGAUGGCUACACAUUUGGUGGUGACCUCAAGAGCCUCAUCACCGGGCUCUUUCUCAAGCCAAUCGUUGUCGGUUAA